UCCAGCCAUCUCAAAAUUCUAAACAACUAAACAAGUGCGCCUGCUGCGCCGGGAAGUUAAGGCGUGGCACGGCGCGUGCAUGUCCUAACAAGUUCAGUCUUCUAGGGAAAAAAUAUUUGAAAUAUUUGGUACCAGCGCUACAUUGAAACAGUGCGUCUUCACUGGAGGGCUUCUCGGCUGUCGGAACCAAAGCCCCCAAGAAGCUCCGUUGUAUACCCCUGGAGUUAGACCUGCAACUUCCCCCUCCUCUCCAUUAGGUGCCGCUUCUCUUAUGUCUCUUCACUAGCAGGAGCUGCGUAAUACAGAAAUAGGGAAAACCAACACCGCCCUUCUUGGCCCUGUCCAGGCGAAGACUCAAACGAACAAUAAAAAGAGGUUUCUUUUUCAUUUUUCUUAAGGAUUAUUUUCAUCUCCGUGUCUUUCCUUUGUGCCUCCGAACGGGCGUAUUCGAGUUCUGAAAUAGUCCCUUUGCUUCAGCCGCCUGAUGAAGAAUUGACUUCUUGAUUCAUAAGAUUGUUGCUAUAACUCACUGCACAUGGAGAAGAUAUCAACUGACUGUCCGUACCCAGGAUGCUUUUUCUGUGUCAUGAAGGAAGGGAAUCCCAGCAAGCGGAGGGCAAGUAUACUAAAAUUCUUUAGAGAACUUCCAUCACAAGAUGAUGAUGGUCAGGUUCUUCCUAUCAGCGGUCUUUGGAACACAGCAAUGGCACAUCCAAAUGACCCUGAAUUCAUAGAGUUGGGAAUAUUUGAAUGCAUGGCAGCUUUGAUAUGGAAAGGACUGAAGAAUCGGCGCUGGCUGUCUCAUGACCAGAAUAUAUAUAUUCCUUAUUAUGCUGCUCACAUUAUUGGUUCCUACACAAUGAAUAUGGAAGAAUUUGCAGAAAGUGCUAUACAUGCUGGGGUGAUUCCUCCUUUAGUUGAACUUUUAAGAGGUAGAUUAACCUGGGUUGAGCAGAGGGUGGCUGUUCGAGCUUUAGGGCACUUAGCUACAUAUGCUACCACUUUUCCUGCUGUAUCAAGUCAUGGUGAAAUUCUUGAGCUCUCCAUCCAAUUAGCAACAAGUUCUCUUGAAAUAGUGUAUUCACAUUUCUAUCAAUUUGUUGAUAGAAGGCUAAGUUACCACUGUGAUCUGCUCACCCGUGGCAUGGGUGGAGUCGAAAUGGAAUCUAGGAAGGCUGAGGAAUGGGCAAGUCAGUUGCAAUGUUGGUCUCUUCAGCUCAUAAAUUGCUUUGCUUUUAAACCUGAAUUUCUGCCGACCAUAUGUAAACCUGAAUUUCUCAUCAAACUCCCUGGCAUGUGGGGCGGACUUGUCAAUGAAAAUUCACCAGCUGGGAUUGGUUUAUUAAGAACAAUUUGUCAUCACAAGCUUGGUAGGGGACCUGUUGCCAACUGCUCAGGUAUCAUUGAAGCCUUGUGUAAUAUUGCUCGGUCAUCAGAUGAUUGGCAGUAUAUGGCUAUUGAUUGUCUUCUAUGGCUGCUUCAAGAUCCCAAUACAUGCCACAAGGUGAUUGAUAAAGUUGUACCUGCAUUGGUAGACCUUGCGGAAAUUACAACUCUGGGUGAUCACAAGAAGCUUGGUGACUCCGUUGUUAAUGUUCUUCAGGAUUGCUUGGAAUCGCAAGGGUCAGGAAGAAGCUCAGUUAGUAGCCGCACUAAAGAACAAAUUGAGGAACUACUAAAUUCAAAACAGAGAUUAAAAUGGGAAAAAAAUAUGCCCAAGGAAGAUCUACAUAUCAAGCAGGCAGCAGCACUAGUGGUCAAGCUAGAAGGGAAUUCUUUAUUCUCGUCAGGAAAUAUAUCUGGAGCAGCAUUGAAAUACUCAGAAGCAUUAUCAUUGUGUCCAGUGAGAUCCAAAAAGGAGAGAGUUGUUCUAUAUAGUAAUCGAGCCCAGUGUCAUCUUUUGCUUCAGCAACCCUUAGCUGCCAUAAGUGAUGCUACCCGUGCACUUUGUCUCCAUAAUCCUGUCAAUCGUCAUGCCAAAAGCCUAUGGAGACGAGCACAGGCUUAUGACAUGCUUGGGUUAUCAAAGGAGAGUUUGUUAGAUGCCAUUCUAUUCAUCAAUGAAUGCUCACAAUCAAAUGAUCCUGAUCUCUCACUGAGGCAAAAUAAAGUUCCUGAUUAUGCAGAACGCUUGGUUAAGAAGCAGAUGCGUGCUGCUUGGUUAUUUAGAGAGGCAGCUAUCAAACACGGAGGUGUUCAUAGUCAGGGUGAUGGUGGUGACCUCUAUGGCCCGGAGACUGAUGAUUCUGAAUGGGAGACGGCAAGUGAAAGUGAUGUGGAAAAUGAUAGAAGAGAUGAUGAUAUUGGUGAUGACGAUGAUGGUAAUGAUUGGAAGAAUGAUGAUGAGAGGAAGGAUAAAUAUGAUAAACCUCCAAUAUGAGAUACAAAGCAUGGAUACACUGCGCAACUUGCAGAAGAGAAAUUAUGUUCAUAGCUUUCCUUCUUUUCGCCGAUGUGAUAGUUCACUAUGAUGGAUCAAGCAGAGUUAGCUCUUGUGAUUUGUUUUAACUCCGCUUGCUUUGUGGGCUUUUAAACGCAAUUGUAUGUCUGCCCAUUCUCCCAAGUAGCGGGUUGGAAAUGAUGAAAGAGUUUUUGGUCUGUUCCAUAUUUCUUCUCCCCAUUUUUUCCCGUUGAUUUAAGUGUAAAAAUUGAAGAUCUCUAGUUUGGAGAACUGCAUUCCAUUUGGGUGCCGUGAAGUGUUGAGAUUUGUUGAGGGAUUUGUGUAUAUAAACCUUUUGUGCUUAAAUUUUGCCGAGUGACAUUUUUACA